CCAAAAUGAACAAUUUCUCAAUGAAAUUGGACCUUUCUAACUUCUUCAAAGACCAACGAAGUCAGGCAUUAGUAUUAAUCAAUGCAGAGUGGAGUAACAUCAAGGAUGUCCAGGAUCACAUUCAAAGCCUAUUCGAGCUGAGGGGUAUUAGCUUACUAACUGAAGAUGGGUGCUUCCUGCCUCCUAGGGAAUCUAUAGAGGUUCUAAGGGCUGCCAAAGGAUUGAAGGCGUUUCGGUUCCAGCCGGUUGACGAGGAUUCGUUUUUGGCCCCGGCUCCAGUUUCCAAGUCAAGCAAAAAGCGUAAAAACCGAUCCGAAGAAGGCGAAAUCAGCUCGCAUUCCACACCAUGUCGCCCCUUGAAGCGUUCCAAAUCAAAGAGCACCAAUGCAACUGAUGCAGGACCCUCUGGAUCUAACCAGGAAACAGAAGAACAAUGCGAGACCAUACACCUGCCAUUAGUUGAAGAUUUUUCUUCAGAUUUGAGCACGAAAUCUGUAACCCUCUCGCGAGAAGAGUCUUCUUUCUCUCAAUCUCUGAAUGGAAAAUCCAACUCUCCAAAACAUAAGGAUGUGGAAAAGCCACACGAACGAAAAUCGACAAGAAAUUCCAAGAAAACAAUUGUCUCUACGUUGGAGAUGGAUUUGGACCAAAGCGUUCCAGAGGAAAUGCAAGAGACCGUGUUUCGCGCCCCUCUCCUGGAGCUGGACUCCAAUACGCCGCGCAUUUUUGAACUUCCUCCUAAGAAAAAUAAGAUUCAAAUACUGGAAAAUAUUACAAUCAAAACGCCCCAUAAAAUUCUAGACCCACCUCCUAAUCCAGGAGAGGAAACCCUAGAAAAUAAAGAAGAAUCUGUGCUGGACAACUUGAGUGAUGCUGUUAAGGGAGCUCCAUUGGCUCCUGAAGACACAAACAAGGAUUUAGUUGCAGAGGAAGCUAUUGAGAUGAAAGAUGAAACAUCAGAAGAAACUGACUUAGUCGCUGCUCAAGAAUCUCAAACAAAUAUUCAGUUGGUCGAGUGCGAGGAAAAUAAAUCAAGGAAGAAAGGUGAAAAGAUUAUAGAGCCUACUGAUAUUAAUAAGGGCAAGGAACCUGAGCCAAGCAAAUCCUUGGAUAAGAAACUUGAUGCCGAAUCUUCGGAGGAAGAUAUCCUGGGAGGAGAAAAUGUAGAGAAGCUUGAAACUAGCACUCGAAAAACUAAAAAUCAAAAGACUGUUGAGGACAAAAAAGGAAAGAAACUUCAAGAAAAUUCAGUUGUUUGCGACGAUAGCUCAAACUCCGAUUCCGAUGAUGACGUUAUGGUGGUGGAUGAUACUAUUGAUGAGUCGGACUCCGAUGUGGAGGCAGUUCCCAUUAUCGAAGUCGAAUCCGCCCAAGAGUCUGAAAUCAUUUCGGACUUGUUGUCUACCGCCAAAAAACUUGACAGUCUACCGGUCAAGGGAGAUACCAUCGUCUUUAAGUUGCCAAAGGUCAAGGGACAAGCAAGCUCUGGUUAUACUGAGUACAUCGCCGCCCAGUGCAAAUACGUCAACCGCCGCACCAAAAUGAUCACAGUGGAUAUCUUAUCAUCCCCGUCCGACCUUAACCGCGUCCUGCGCCAGUAUGCAAACAGCUUGGACGACUCUACCAGUCCAGUCCAAUCCAUAAACAUUCAUUUUCCUGACCUAGGCGAAGCCAAACUAGUUAUAUCCCCAGUCGAUUAAAUUUGUGG